ACAACAUUUACUGUGGAAUUUCAAGAUGUCUGCGCCCAUGUGAAAUGGAAAGUGCAAAAGGGAAUAGGAAUGUUUGAAUGGAAAAAUGAGACGAUGGCAAAUUUUAAAGUGUUUAGGACUUGUAGCUAUUGUGUUUUUUAUUUUUCAGUGCUUUCUGUGGUUUCAUUUUCCAACAAAACAAGACCAGAAUCCAGCAACUUACGAUGUGAAGCUACUUGUGAAGAAGGUGAUGGCUGUAUGGGAAGACCUUGAGGACGCCCUGUUUGUGAUUGAGCCUGAGGUUCUGUACAAGAUAGUGGAGCAGGAGAAUUACUCGGACAAUGAGGGACGGUGCGCCGUCUUCUGUCACUUGACUAAGAGAGCCAUAGCCUUUGGAGUCUUCGGCCACAAAGUUGCCAUGCCAUUAGUGGUGUCAAAGUUCCGGCAGAGUGGGUUUGCUGCAGUAGAUGCCAAGGAAGACAACCCUGACUUUCGCCUCAAAAAUCCAGGUUCCCCUCCCCAGAGAAUCGUGACCCACAUUUUCCUCCAGGACAUGGCACAGCCGGAACUCACACUACAUGUGGUGGUCUUCUACCCACGGGCGGACUUCUUGUGGACCAGUCAGAUACAGAUGCCCACCUCCGACCUCAGCUUCGGGGCAUCAGCGGGGGCAUACGAUGUUUUUGAAUGGCGGAGCUUGACUAUUGACGGAGUACACAUCAGUGUUCCCAAGUCUAUUCGACAUUUCAUUCAUAUGGCCCAGGAGUCUAAGUUCCUGGAGUGUGACCAGGACCGCGCCCAGCUCUUCUAUACCCAACACCCCAGGGACGACUCAGAGGAGGCUCAGCGGUUCACGAGGAAGGCGCGGCAGCUGCUGGUCAAAGGGAAGGAGGUGUUGGACGCCCUGGGGGUCAGGUUCUGGCUCAGCAGUGGCACCUGUCUUGGUUGGUUUAGACAAUGUGAUAUCAUAACAUAUUCCAAAGACGUUGACUUUGGGAUCUGGAUUAAAGACCACAAGCCAGAAAUUAUUGAUGCCAUGGAAACAGCUGGUCUGCCCCUAAAGCAUGUUUUUGGCAAAGUGUCAGACAGUUAUGAGUUGUCAUUCAAAGCAGGGGAAGUAAAACUAGACAUUUUCUUUUUCUACGAGGAGGGAGAUACCAUGUGGAAUGGAGGAACUGAUGCUAAAACAGGGGAAAAACUCAAGUACGUCUUUCCAAAGUUUGACCUGUGCUGGACGCUGCUUCUGGACAUUCGUGUUCGAGUCCCCUGUCCCACACAACCCUACAUCCAGGCAAACUACGGGAAACAGUGGGACGUUCCGGUCAAAUCCUGGGACUGGAAGAGCAGUGCAUUCAACGUCCGACCCAACGGGGUGUGGCCGAAAUCAGAAUGGAAGGAGGUCAUUCAGGUGUACGAAUAAACAAAUGAGUGGUGACAAUUAAAGGAGCGUUAUUACAUAGAUAUUUGAGAGAAUAAAAGUUAUUGGCGACAAAUUGAUAGCCAAAUAAGUGUUAAGUCAGACAAAACAGAAAAUGUGAUAACAUGAACCAGUGACGUGUUCAGUCAAAAUCAAAGUUCAAAUGUUUGGAAAUUGCGAAACUUUGAAUAUAAUAACUAGAUUUGAUCAGUGAAUAAUGAUUUGUUAAGGGCUAUAAUGCAAUCAAACAAAAGAUUCUCUUUCGCAGAUUAUGGGAACAUUCUUAAGCUACUAGCAUGCAAACGUAGGUCAUGCUGAUGUUACUAAGCAUUUAAGUGAAUUGAUUUUAUGUUAAUAAAUCAAUGUAUAUUACAAGUAGCUUUAUUCUCAUAUAGAUUUACCAGCAGCCAACAAGAACACAUAUAUUAUUGUGUGAAUUCAAAGACUCAAUUAUCUAUUCAAAAUCAAGUAAUGAAAUAUCACUUCUUAAAUCUCGGCAUCAUCUAACUUUUUGGGGAGCAAGUCAAAUCUUUGUGAUUGUUCUUUUUAUUUCUAGGGUUGCCUUUUAAAUAUUUCUAAUGUAUUUGAAUUCUUAUAACUUCAUGAUGUAAUCAUGAUUCUUUGCAAAUGUCAUUUAAGAAUGGAUGGAUGACGGCUUAUGUGUUAUACACAUGUACGUUGUAUGUAUGUAGUUCUAUCUGGUUGUGCAAUAUGGAAUAGAAGGUGCUGUCCUAAUUACUUUGUACAUAAACGGACAUACAGAGGAGCUGAUAAUGAUCUUUGUCUUUUACUGACUAUGGUUGUGAUAAUAAAAUCAGGAAGUCUGUAUUUUUUCUAGCUUUAUAAUAAAACUGAACUACUGAG